UGGAACUGGGCUCUUCUGCAUCUCAGUCAGGGCCAACUCACACAUGCACAACUUCUUUCCACUAUUAUGCAGCCGUCCAGGAGAAUUAUGUGUUUGUCUCGCGGCUUUUAUGCUUUAUCAUACAUUUUCUAAGUGUUAUUCACUGGUCAUGAGGAAGUGUUAUUUAACCUUUGACUGAUAUUUUUACAGCUUUUUAUUCAUGUAAUUCAAAUCCCUGCAAUAAGUCAAACUCGGCUCAGACGAUCCGUUAUAGAUUACUCAUCGAUUACUGCCGACUCUUGGAAUAUUUACUUAUUGAACGUUGACAGUGAAACCUAAAACUCCACACAGCUGCAGAUUUUAACCUAUUGAAUCCCAUUAAUUCAGGUGUUCCCCUUUAAUUUCUUCUCUAAAAGCAAUUAAAGACCGUAAUUUAAACCAAUGUUAUGUAGAUAUAUUACAGGAUACGACAGGAGUUGAAUAUGUUUUACAUGAAGCUGUGGAUUUGAAUAAUGUUCGGUCGUGUUAAACGUGCAGCUUUUCAGUGAAACGUGCGCGUCAGGUAACAGGAGAAGACGAACCCUUGUGCUACAUCACAACCCGAGCGUGAACAUAUAACAAAUUCCACUACCUUCUGGGUGUGUGUGAGUCUCUGUCUGCUGUCUCAUCAUCACUGCAGCAUGUGUUAUUUCCAUUCCAGAUAUGUUGCUUAUGACAACAAUGGUUCCUCUUCUUUUCUUUUUUUUUUGCGUGGAGCUGCUGUAUAUAAGAUCACAGCUCUCUGCUUCACUCACCAUCAGACUUUUGAGCAGUUUAGUGACUGGAUCACGACGUUUCCAGCUCAGAUCCAGAGUCAGUUUUGGUGCCCAAGCAGCGUUUGAAGAUGUGGACGCCUCUCUCCGUCAGCCGCUGGAUCUUCCUGCUCACACUGGCUGUUGUGAUGCUCUUAUCUGCAACAGAAGCAGUGGACUCCACCAUCCCCUUCGUCAAUCUACCCUGCUGUGCAGCCUCCGGUUCCACGAAGAUCCACAGAAUCAAAGCGUGCUACGAACAGAAACCACGGGAGGACUGUGAACACCACGCCUUCCUGGUUAUAAACAAGAAGGGGAGACCGUUCUGCAUCAGUCCAGCUUCUCCGUGGCUUCAACACUUGAUAAAGAAGGGAGAGUUACGCUGCCCUCCAGAUGUGUCGUCGGAUACAACCACGAAAGCUUGAGGCGUGACAAAAAAAAAGUCCCGACACAGCAACCACUCUGAGCAUUUACUAUUCUAUAUUUAUUCCUUUUACAUUAAUAUCUAUUUAAAGCUUAAAUUAUUUUUUGUAUUUCAUUUUAUAUAUCUUUAAAAGCAAUUUGUUUUUGUGGCUGUAUUUUGGAAAGAUGUGAAUUACAAUGAUGGUUGAGGUUUUUGAA